CAACGCGGCGCGGCGCAGCCCAGACACCCGGGCGGCUGUGCAAGGCCCCUAGUCCUCGCCGCAUCCCUGCAAGAACUAGGAAGGGAGGUAGAGAGAGAGAGGCGCUUGCCUCGCCUUUCUUCCUCCGGAGCAAACGCAGGGCCGGUUUUGUCCAGAAUCGCUGCCGCGCCUGGAGAGGGUGGGAGAAACAGCCUGUUGGCGAAACGGGAGCAGGAGCCUGGAAUGAAGCGCCUGGAACAAGAGUCUCCAUUCACCCGUCGCCCCGAGAGGAGAUGGCGAGUCAUCUGACCUGAAGUGCCCGUAAUCCCGCUGCUUCUUUUGGGGUACUUUUCAGUGAGUGUUUGAACCGGGACUCUGGUUGCAUUUCAUUUGCCCUGGUAGCUUUGGAGACAUCGCUUCGGAGAGUGUGCAGGAAUCAUCUUAAUGAUGACGGCUAUUCUGGAACGGAUCAGCACCUUGUCCAUCAGUGGACAACAGCUCCGUCAACUUCCUCAGCUCCUAGAAGAAGGUUUUCCCAAGAUGCCUUGCACAGUUAAAGAAUCUGAUGUGCCCCAACUUUUCAGAGAACCCUAUAUCCAAGCUGGCUAUCGCCCCACAGGUCAGGGUUGGCGCUAUUAUUUCUUCAGUCUUUUCCAAAAACAUAACGAGGUUGUUAAUGUUUGGACUCACCUUCUGGCUGCUUUGGCAGUGCUGCUGAGAUUUAAUAUAUUUGCUGAAGCAGAGAACUUGUCUCUAGAGAUCCACUCCUUACCCCUCUUCAUCUUCGUCCUUUCCUCUGUUACAUAUCUGACAUGCAGCCUCUUAGCUCAUCUUUUGCAGUCCAAGUCAGAGAUAUCACACUAUACUUUCUAUUUUGUGGAUUAUGUUGGAGUCAGCAUCUACCAAUAUGGAAGCGCCCUGGCCCAUUUCUACUACAGCUCCGACCAAGCCUGGUAUGACAAAUUUUGGCUUUUCUUCUUGCCAGCAGCUGCUUUCUGUGGAUGGCUCUCGUGUGCUGGCUGUUGCUAUGCUAAGUACCGCUACCGGCGACCCUACCCCAUCAUGAGGAAAGUGUGUCAGGUGAUCCCAGCGGGAUUGGCAUUCAUCUUGGACAUCAGUCCUGUGGCCCACCGUGUGAUUAUGUGCCACCUUGAAGGCUGUGAAGAGUUGGCUGCUUGGUAUCACACCUUCCAGAUACUUUUCUUCCUAGUCAGUGCUUAUUUCUUUUCUUGUCCAGUUCCUGAAAAAUAUUUCCCUGGAUCUUGUGAUAUUGUUGGACAUGCCCAUCAAAUUUUUCACACCUUCCUUGCUAUUUGCACACUCUCACAAUUGGAAGCCAUCUUCUUGGAUUACAAAAACAGGCAAGAUAUCUUAUUCAACCGACAUGGAUCUCUCUCCAUCAUCCUGUCUUGUGGCUCCUUUUUUGGCUUAGUUGCUUGCAGUGCUAUCACUGCACUGUUAUUGCAGCGCAAAAUCAAGGAGGAGCUGGCCAUGAAGGCAUCCUGAGAGACUGACAUAGAAACAGGGUUCAGUCCUGAUGUGCUUGAAGAAAAGUAGGAAGAGGGAAGUUUAUUCAAGUACUGUAUAUAAGUAAAUUAACCAAGUGGUUUUUCUUUCGAAAUUAUAAAUCAACGAAUUGAUUUCAGGCAGGAACUAAUUUAUUAAAUACACCUUAUACCCUAAACAUUUUUACUAACUCUGCCUAUUGCUGGGCAAAGGGCAUUUAGGAUACGAUUGAAGAGUUAUAAAGAUAGAUUUUUCUAAAUGGUCUUUUAUUUAUUUACAGAAAUUUGUAUUAUAUGAAAGAGGAUACUAAUCACUAACUAGAAGAGUAGAGGAUAUAGAUUUGCAUGUUUAUAAAGCUCUUAUCUCAUUGGGAAAUUGGAAUUGUGUCUGGGUUAUACUACUUCAGAAUAUAAACUAGGAUGGGUUUCCAUAAGAGAAAAAGAUUUCUUCACACAUUAGGUCAAAGUUCCUAAUUUAGUAGUUUACAUGUAGGGAAUUUUUUUCAUGUUAAAUCAUAAGGCUCAUUAUUUGCAUCUGAAAGGAUACAUAGUAGUCAUUUAUGACUUUAGUGAUGAUUAGAGCAAAGAUUAUGGUGAAGGUUGACAUAAAUGUUGAUAAUCUCAUUUGGUCCAUUUCAUUUUAGCUGUGGCUUUGAUACCACUGGUAUCUAUACAACUCAAGAAUCUUCCCCCGAGUUGUAAGCUUCAGAAAUAGUAUGGUGGUAGAAUAACUGUCAUAAUUGUCACUGGUUAAUUGAUAGUUGUCACCGGUUAAUCAUUCAAGCCCAGAUUAGCUGAAGCAAAGAAGGGUAGAAUUCUCAAAGGUAGCAGAACUAGUUUCUUCGUGAGUUUUUUUAUGAUGUUAAUAAAGAACUAAUCAUCUAAAAACAUAGGACAAACAGUGCUAUCAUUGCUAUCAAAAUAGGAUGCUAUUUUCAAGGUUUAUAGUGCCGUUCAAAGGCAUUAUUUUACCACUUUAACACUGAUUUAGCAGCUAUAUCUAGUGUUAUUCCUAUUUGUUGUCCAUAAAGCCUCUUCCUAAUUCAUUUCUGCAUACCUUCACUCAUAUUAUUGUCAAAAUAUUAGUUUUCCUGGUUCCUUCCUGAUUUUAGGUAUCAUGUCACUCAAACAAAGCCAUUUGGGACUUUUACAACCCGAAUGUUAUUUUGACAACUAAGAUAAGGGAGUACUUCUUCCCUGUUUCAGCACCGUUAAAUAAUUAGAGGAGAAGUUUUAUUGUAAAAAAAUAUUACAUGGACAAGUACCAUGCCAUAGUAUACAUUGUCCUAACCAGUUUUAUUUGUGCUUUUUAUCACUAGAAGUUGAGUUGUGUUGUGCUUUAAGUCUCAUGUGGUAUUUAACUAUUAAACUUUUAUUUCCUCUCUUCCAAACACAAACACCAUAUCCAAACAGUAAUUGCAGCUGUGGAAUGUUUUAUUUAUUUAAUGUUGUUUCCUGUGAAAUGUUAUUUCCACAUAGCAGACUAGCAUAUAAUUUAAAGGUGUGUGCCAAACUUGGUUUCUGAGGGUGCUGGGAAGUGGAAAUCAUUUUGCACAUGUGGACAUUCAUGACAAUGAGUAACCCCAUUUGCAGUCUGGCAAUGGAACACUCAGAAUUCUAAUUCUAAUUUCCCAUCUUAUUCUCCUUAAUGUGCAAUAUAUCAGUUAUCUAAGAUGUCUAGAUUUACACUUACUCAAAUUUUGGUGAAAAUUAUUAACAUAUAGGUACAAAGAUAAGUGCAGUCCAAGUUGGAUUCAACAAAAAUCAUUAAUAAUAGUUUUUUUAAGUAUUAGAAAUGGGUCCAGUCACAAGAAAUUUAAACCAUUUUCUGCCAACAUAAACACUGAAAAUUUUUGUUAAGAAUAUAUAAACUAUAGGAAGAAAAUAAGUCCAUCAAUUACAUCUGAUGGGCUGUAUGAAAAUUCUUAGUGAUUUUAUAUCACCACCUAGUGGCAUAAUAAACUAAGAUUUUUCUAAUAGCUGGAAUGGCUCUGAGAAUUUUAAUUAGGUUGGUAGUCAGCAGAGAUACUUUUUAUUAAGAUGCUUCUAACUAUAGUCAAUAAAUAGGCCAUGCUUCUUUUUUCAUAGAACAUACUUUAUUCUUACUGUGAACUAAUUUGCAUUAUUUUCUGUAACUUCAUAAAUGAUAUCUUUGUUUCACAAGGAAUUCUGAUUGAACAUGUAUUUUAUGCCUGUAACUUGGUUGCUUACAAAGUGAUAUAGAUUAAAAAGUUCAAGUUGCUCCAAUUUAAUCCAUUGUAAAAUGUAUACUAUAACCAGCAUUAGUCAAACUGCAGAGAUCCUGAAAUAUAAUUUUAAAUAUGAAAGCACUCUUAGAAUGUAUGGCUGGUUAAGAAAAAUUGCUGUGUACUAAGUUUCUUAAAAUUGUCCUUCACACUUUUUCAGAUAUCUGCCUCUGAUAAUUCCCAGGUCCUUUUACUGCUAGUUCUGUAUAUGCACAAAAUGUUAUAAUUAGGACUGAUGAAUCCAAGUGAAUGUGUUAUUAUUAGAAACAAAUGUGAUAAAUAAAAGGACUCCUUUUUAGCACGUUUCAAAGAGUUGGUUCAGAAUGUGUAGGAAGGACACCUUUUCAAAUAGUUAAAGCAGCCAUGUCUUGAAAAAGGUUCAUGUAGCUAUUUCAAGAGCUAAUCCUGACUGAUUGUGCAUACUUGUGCUUGCACAACCACUUUCCUUUAUUCCCCGCAAGCCCAGUGAUGCAGAGAUCACAUGGAGUACCCCUGAAGCAGCCACAUGCCAUUUUGAAACUUUAGAAAGCCUUAUUGGUUUUACUUUAGUGUUACAUGGUCUAAAGCAACUUUUUCUAAUUAUUGUUUUUUCAUUCUAAAGUGGUAUGAUUUAGCUGGUUUUAGAUUCUGAAAAUUGAAGUCUAGAAUACACAGAGAGCAGUAGGUUGGGCACUGCUAGUCUAGUAUUAAUAAUAAUUAAUCCAAAUACAAUCCAAAUUAUUAUUAGCGUUCCACCAUUAUGAACAUUUGUUUAAUAAAACUAGCCUUGCUAUCUACAGGCCCAUGCCUAUUUUGCAGUUGUUAACUUCAGCUUUAUUUGGAUUUGACAUCCAAACAUUGUAGUAGCUGACUUACAUGUUAUUUCCAAUACUUCAAAUAAUAUGUGGUGGUUUCAAGUGUGCCUUGAAUGUUUAUAUCUUUCAGAGGCAGUUUUAAAAAUAUAUAUUUUAAGACAGGCAUUAUUUGUUACUAAAAUGAAAUUAGUUUUUUAUUUUCUUUCUUUUUUAAAAAAGUGUUAGUUUUAGAAUUAUAUAAAUAAUUUCUAUAUUAAAUUCUUGAAAUCUGCACUGUUGAGAACAUUUGAAAAAUUGUACUGUUUUAUAUAAACUUUUGAAGUGAAGAAUGGAAAGAGGAUAUCUUAAGUAAAGUUUAAGAAAUUGUUGUUUUAUGUGAAAUUUGUUAAUAUCUAAAUGUUUAUCAAAAUAUGGCUUCUGUAUGAUUUGCAAGAUUAAGGGAGAAUGUUAGUAAAAAUUGUUUGGAGAAAACCUUGAUGCUUCUGCAGACCUGGUCUGAAUUUAAUGCUUAUAUCACGUUAAAAAUGCCAUUUUCAUUCAAGUUUCUGAUAGAUGUAAUUAUUACAACAGAGUACAAAGUAAUAUUGCCCUGUUUCCCCCUGUGGAGGCCUCAGAAAUCAAAUCAAAAUCCAUCAGAAAGUGUUAGAAUUGAGUAAAAAUAUUCAGGUGAGCGACAAUGAUGUUUCCCUUUUGCAUUAAACAAUCUCAAUGUGUUUGUAAUAACAGAAUAUUCUUGUGGUUAAAGCAACCAGGAAUGAUUGAAUUAGUAUAGUUUAGAGAUUUGCACAAUGCACUGAAUGUGCUAAACCAUACUGGGUAGCUUUUUGCAGGACACUAAGCUAUCAACUAUAUUUUAGCUUAAUAUGUUGUGGAAACAAACACCCAAAGUGCCUUCAUAUUUCACAUAAUAUCCACACGUCUAAUUUUGUAGCAGGGCUAUUGUAAGAGUUCAGUACAUGUAACAAUACAUUAGACAUAGAUUUACUGUGGAUAUAAGGUUAUUUCACUAAUUUUUCCCUAAGGCAAGUAUGCUUAGGUAUGAAGCCUUUUCGCAACUAAUGCCCAAUUUUGUAAUUUCCAUACCAGGAUUUGCCCUUGAAAAAAAAAGUAAUUUUCUGCUAAUUUUAUUUUUUAAUAUUUUUCUCACUGUCCUGUGAGUGGAAUAAUCAUCCUUAUGCCUCUGAAAAACUGCAGAUUUUUCAUAAGUCAUCCAAAUGAUAAUCCAUAUACUUUCUGUGACUCAAAAUGACUCCUCUCUUAAAGUUUUAUGAAUCCUGUGGGACACACAGUGACUAGUAUGCAAAAAUAUUAUAUAACUCUAGUGCACAAAUAUUCUCCUGAACGCUCAUCUAACAGUGUUUUAUCUUUAUUUAAAAAUGGUUUUCUGUCAACUUCAUUUUUUUCUUGAAUAUCUUUGUACAUAUUGCUGUGUGGACCAAUAUGUGUGAAUCUAAAGAUAAUGACAAAAUGGGGGUGAGUUCUGAGAGGAGAUCAUGGAAGGAGGAAAUGAGCCUGCUAUGCUCAAUAAUAUUUGAGAUCUUAUAUCAUCCUGGACAAAUGGUUUUUCAAUCCUUUCUUGAAAACCUUCAGUGAUGGUACC